AUACAGCCUCCCAUAACUUAACCAGGCGUAUGGUCUCUGGGCUUGACCCUCGGUGGAUGCUACUGUCUCCUCCUGUCCCUGUAUCGUCUUUCUUUACUCUGUCCUCUUUUCCUCCUGACUGGAAUCAUGACUUUCUACAAGCACUCAGGUCCCAGGCAUUAUCUCACCUCCACCAUGACUGAUCGCUUCGACUGCUACUACUGCCGGGACAACCUGCACGGGAAGAAAUAUGUGAAGAAGGACGACAAGCACGUGUGCACCAAGUGCUUCAAUAAGCUUUGUGCCAACACAUGCGCAGAGUGCAAGCGCCCCAUCGGUGCUGACGCCAAGGAGCUGCACCAUAAGAACCGCUACUGGCAUGAGGACUGUUUCCGCUGUGCCAAGUGCUACAAGCCGCUGGCCAACGAACCGUUCAAUGCCAGGGAUGAUGGCAAGAUAAUGUGUGGCAAGUGUGGCUCUCUUCAGGAUGGCAACCGUUGCCAGGGCUGCUACAAGGUGGUCAUGCCAGGAUCCCAGAAUGUGGAGUACAAGCAUAAGGUGUGGCAUGAGGAGUGCUUCACCUGCUUUGAAUGUAAGCAGCCGAUCCGCACACAGAGCUUUCUUACCAAAGGAGAUGACAUCUACUGUGCUCCCUGCCAUGACAGGAAGUUUGCCAAGAAAUGCUUCCACUGCAAGCAGCCCAUCACCUCUGGAGGGAUUAGUUACCAGGACCAGCCUUGGCACUCUGAGUGUUUCGUGUGCCACACCUGCCGUAAACCUCUGGCCGGAGCUCGCUUCACUUCUCAUGAGGACAAAGUUUACUGCGUGGACUGCUUCAAGACUGAUGUGGCCAAGAAGUGCCAUGGAUGCAAGAACCCAAUCACAGGGUUCGGCCAUGGAACCAACGUGGUCAACUAUGAGGGAUUCUCCUGGCAUGAGUACUGCUUCAACUGCAAGAAGUGCAGCCUGUCGCUGGCCAACAAGCGCUUUGUGAUCAGUGGAGACCACAUCUACUGCCCUGACUGUGCCAAGAAGGUGUGAGCUGCACAACUGGCUGUGCAGAGGGUCGCUGCCUAAAGUGGAUUUGCACCAAAACUGACUUCGACUGUAUAUUUUUGGAAGGAAUUUUAGGUCUCAGAAUAACAGAAAAUGUAAUUGUGCCUGAAAAGAGUCAAUUUUGGUGAAAGUCCUCUUUAAGAGGUUGACAGAAUAGAGGUUAUUUCAUCUAAACAUGCACUAGCUUGAAUCAUUUAUCUACAUAUGCAUUAGUGGAACUUGUUUAAGUGUUGGAUACUAACAAGGCAACAGAAUUUCUUCUGUGGGAUUGUGAUGUGCACUUUUAGUCUAAUCUAAUCCAGAAGUCUGUGAUGCUUUAUGAGACAAAAGUCUUUUCAGUGCUUCACUGGAAUAUUUCAGAGAGAAUAAUGUGCUUUUUACAUGCAAACUGCUGCUCAUAUAUAACGGCUUUGAUUAAUAAUCUGUUACGUUUGAACGGAUUAUUAGAAUUUUAAAAAAAAGCUAAGAGUGAAUUUAAAAUUUGAGAUUGAUUCUGAAUUAUUAACUGCUUGUGUAUUAAAAGACUUUGAGUGGCGUUAAAUCUAAGACAAGAAUCAAAGGAGAAAGUGAUGUGUUUGUAUUUCUCUACAAUAAGAAAUAAAAAACACGCCAGGGGA